GUGACAGCUGUUUACAUAAUCAUUGCAGUGACUGUGUGCGUGUGCAGGUAGCCUACACGUAAGUGUCCCUUUACAUUUUGGGCACAAUAAUGAAUUAGGUCAGUUUGAGUUUAUAACCGCUCUCAGGUAAAAAAAAAAAUCGUAUCAACACAGGAUGGCCAAAACUACAGCCAACGAUAUCCAGGAACCAAGUUUAACACCCAGAAUCGUCAUUAUAGGAGCUGGAAUUGCGGGCCUGUCUGCAGCGAGAGUUUUACAUCAGAGUGGUUUUCACGAUGUGCAGGUGUUGGAGGCGCUCGAUCGUGUCGGAGGGAGGAUAAACACCGUCACGUGUGAGAAGGGCAUCAUAGAUAUGGGAGCUCAGUUCAUACACGGCCACAAGGGCAACGUAAUCUACGACAUCGCUCAGGCCAACGACCUCGUACUCCUGCCCUCCGAUGAGUAUGACAGUGCUAGUUCUGACAGUGAGGGGAGGGAGAGACACCCCACAGGAGAGGAGGACUCUAAGGGCAGACUCUUCGCAUCAUACUCUGAACAGGGACUGUUCUUCACAUCUAAAGGAGACAACAUCAGCAGGAAGCUCGUCCAGGAGUUGAUGAGAGUCUUCGAUAAAAUAUCUGAGAAUGGAGAUCUCUUUUAUGAGAGAUAUGUUGAAAAGAGGAAAAUGUGGAAAAAAGAAGAUGGAAAUAUGUCUCUGGAUGGCGACCCUGGAUCAGAGGAGUCAUAUUUAUCUUACGGAGAAUUCAUAGACAAAUGUUUUAAUGAAUACAUGGAAACGUGCAACGAUUCACCUUACAUGGAACAGAUUAAGCAAGCAUUUAACAAAUAUGUAUUUUAUUUGGAGUGUAUUGACAAUGGUUGUAAAUCGCUGUACAAUCUUUCACUCGAGGGAUGGGGGAAGUUCCCUGACUUGGAGGGAAGUUAUGACACCGAAGUCAAACAAGGAUUCUCCAGUGUUCUCAACAUUUACUUGAAUGACAUACCUGCUGAUAUCAUACGUUUGUCGAAACCGGUUGCUUGUGUACAAUGGAAACACUGUGGUGAUGCUUUAGAAGCAGCCAAUGACAGUUCGCAAAGUAAAAAUCCAACCCCAGAUGCUGUUGAUGUGAAUCCUAACAAAAUCGAAAAAGGUUUUAAUGCCAAUCAAAACACAAAAGCUAAGCAGCCAAAGUUAGAUGGUGGUGAUGCCAGUCCAAACCCAAGAACUGAGGAACAAAACUCAAAUACACUAGGAAGCAAGAAGCUGGCAGAUGGUGAUGCCAAACUGAACCCAAGAUUUGGAAAGCCAAGAGCAGUGAUUUGGUGUGAUGAUGGAACAAGUUACGAGGCUGAUCAUGUCAUAGUGACGUCAUCACUUGGAUUCCUGAAGUCUAACCAUCUGACUUUCUUCCAGCCCCGUCUCCCAGCAACCAGGCAGUUGGUGAUUGAACACGCAGGCUUCGGAACUGUCAAUAAAGUCUUCUUGGUGUGGAACCAGCCUUUCUGGAGCAAGGAUGAUGGGUUCACUGGCUAUCAGUUUCUGUGGUUGGACAACAUCCCUGUUCACGUUCCUUCAGCUAAGAGUCAGCUUAAGACAUCGGCGGGUCUGAACUGGUAUGAUAACUUUGUGGGAUUCGACACUGUACGUGACCACCCUAACGCUUUGCUGGGCUGGUUUUGCGGAGAGCACGCGGAACUGAUGGAACUGGUGCCGGAGGAGGAGGUCCGCGAUGUGUGUACUGACCUACUCACACUCUUCCUCAACAGACACAUUCCCAAGCCAAAACAGAUUAUACGUCAGUUGGUCGCUUAUAACCUGAAGCUAGUAGAGACAAACCAGGUUUCUGGGUCCCUGUCGAUCGUCGCGCCAUCUGGAAUAGAGUUAUCUCCACCUGUUUCAGCUAAGACGCUCAUUACAAGGGGUUCUACUCCAUCGUGCUCAUGGCACUGGUAUAUUAUGCGGACUACAAAUUCCUCUGGGCAGAUGUGGGUAGUUCCGGAGCCUCGUCUGACGCCUAGAUUUACAACGAGUCCGAACUCAAAGAAAUGGCUGAAGAUGGAACCAUUGGCUUCCCUGCUCCAGAUCCUCUUCCUAAUGACUACAAUGAUGUGCCAUACUUCUUCGUCGUUGAUGACGCGUUUGGCCUACGGAAGCACAUGA